AAUAAUAAUUCGCUUAAGCUGGGCACAGUAUGCAUACUAACAUGUUUACAAAAUUGCAUUUCCAAUUAAUAAUAAUAAUAAUAAUAAUAAUAAUAAAUAAAACACGCCCGACCGUGCAUUCAUUUAUUGCUUGCUAAAAAAAACAUGAAAAACAUGCUUUCCGCCAGUAAUGCCCUCAUGACCAGAGUGCGCAUGCGCAGACUGGCUGCAGCAGCACCGUCCGUGGCGGCAGCCGCCGUGCUGUUGUGCUGCAGUGGAGAGAAUAUACGCGUUAUUAUUUUUUUUCCUCCCCUUCGUCUCUCCUCUUCAACAAGCCAAGCCAGCCAAAAGCAUCGAGUCAUGAGACGCUCCCUCCGUGCAGGAGCAGCCUGAUUUCUGACAAGCUUUUGUCUCUUUGGCGUUAUGCGCGCGCGGAUCUCGUGCUAAGGACUCUGAUGAGGCCUACAUGUUAAAGCUCGCACCCCUCCUCCUCCUCCACCACCACCACCACCAACGCCUCCUCCUCCUCCCUACAACAGUCUCACCGUGAUGGCCGAUGAUCAACAGCAGCAGCCCGGUCAGCUGCAGCAGCAGGGUGCUGUGUCCGGGCCGGCGGCAUCUCUCCCCGGCGCGCUGUCAGGGCUGCAGGGCUGCACCGAGGCCACUGCGCUGCACUACGACAAGAUCAAGAACUCGAUCUGCAAAUCUGUACAAUCAAAAGUGGACAGCAUUUUGCAAGAUGUUGAGAAGUUUACAGACAUUGAAAAACUCUACCUCUACCUUAAGUUGCCUUCUGGUCCCAGCAGUGGUAAUGACAAAAGGACUGAGAAUCAGAGGGGGUCUACAAGUCCUGCAACAUGUGACCAGAAUUCCAUGUCAUCCAGUCGGACCCAACAGAUGUACGCUUUCAACUGGAUUCGGAAUCACUUAGAGGAGCACCCGGAGACCUCACUGCCAAAACAAGAGGUGUAUGAUGAGUACAAGAGCUAUUGUGACAAUCUUGGCUACCAUUCUCUAAGCGCUGCAGAUUUUGGAAAGAUCAUGAAAAAUGUCUUUCCCAACAUGAAAGCACGUCGUCUUGGAAUGCGAGGAAAAUCUAAAUACUGUUAUAGCGGACUGAGGAAAAAAGCUUUUGUGCAUAUGCCAUCUUUACCCAACUUGGACUUGCAUAAAUCAGGAGAUGGGUGUGAGUUGUUGGAGCCAACUGGUCAGUCUCCCAGUGCUGAGGAUGAGAUGCGUUCUGCAGCCUGUGGUCUAGUGUGUGAAUGGGCGCAGAAGGUUCUGAGCCGCCAGUUUGACAGUGUGGAGGAUUUAGCACGCUUCUUGCUGAACAGCCACUACAUUGGCACUAAAUCCAUGGCUGCACUAACUGUUAUGACUGGAACCCCAACCGGUGUUAAAACACCCACCCCAGCCUCUGCGUUUGUGCCAACUGGUGACACCAACUCCUACCAACCACAGAUGAAGACUCUACCUUCACCCUCUGUUGACACCAAACAGCAGCUACAGCGAAAGAUUCAAAAGAAACAGCAAGAACAGAAGCUUACUUCUCCAUUGCCAAGUGAUGCCCAAGCCAGGAGAGCUGAAGCAGGCACGCCAGGCCCUGGGUCUAGUAUCACCUCUGGAAGUCCAGCUUUGUUGUCCUCACAGCCUGCGAUAGGUAUUGUGGUGGCUGCAGUACCAAGCCCCAUUACGGUUCAGAGGAAUAGACAGUUGAUGACCUCUCCAAGUCCAGUUGCAACAACAGAGGGAAAAGUUUUACCAGUCAAUUUCCAAGUGGUAACUCAGUCUGUUAAGCAGUCCCCCAAAACUCCACAGAAUAUUCCUGCCAGUCCUGUUGGUGAUAGGUUAGCCAGGCACAGAUAUGCCCAGAUUCUCCCCAAACCUUCUGCCACAAGUGGCAUAACUCUUUGUUCUCCCCCGACACUCCUUAUUACUAACAGCCCUAUAAAAACAGUCAUGCCCACUCCCCAUGUCAGCUCAGUUAACGUCGUCAAGAUGACUACUAUAUCGUUGACACCUAACAAUAGUGGUGGUAGCAACACUCCGACACCAUUACGACCUGCUUCAGCUGGUAUCAGUAGCACUGUUUCCCAGGAAGAGUCUAACCAAAUUCAACAAUCUCAGAAUGGCAGCACAGCUCUUCAGUCAUCUGGAGUUGGAAGAGUUGGCCGUUUUGCCACAACCCCAAUUCCAUCAAUUUCCUCCAUUAGUGAAGUCAAGAUAACAUCCGAAGCUGUGAAUGAUAGUAACUCAACUGCUGGGGCAGAAAAACAGAUCACUGUUCCAGGGAACAAUAUUGGGCAAAAAAAUGAGAGAGCCAUUAAAUAUAGGGCUUCCAGUGAACCUUCUCUUCUCGUCAAGGCAUCCCCAGUGCCUGAAAGAGUUACUAGAGCCAAAAGUGACUCUGCAACACCUCCAAGUACAAUCAUAGGGACAGCUGUCCCAAUUAGCAAUAACAGCAGUGAACAUCAGGAGAGUACUUUGUAUCUGACUGUUAUGAAUCAGAAUGCUGACAUUGGAUCCAAUGAUGCAGCUUCCCCUACUGGCCAGUCACCAAAAGAUGCUGGUAUUGGAUUAAAAAGUCCUCGAAAACGCUCUGCUUCUGCUUUGGAGUCUCAUGCAAUUCCAGUUAAAAGGGUGUUCAUAUCUCAGCAGUCUUUGGAUUCCAGCAACAAUCCUAAACCCAGUCUUGUAAUAGCCACAAAGAGGAUACAGACUGCAGGAACUCCUGUAAGACCAGAGAGUGCCCCAUGUAAAGUCAGUUUGAAACAGAACUCUCUUCCAACACAAAUUCUGGCACUUUCUGAUACACCUAUUGGAAACACUUCUCAGACUAUUGUAAGUUCUCAGAGUGUUUUAGAGGUUGAGCAUGGGGACAGCUCUGCUCGAAUAAGCUCUUCUGAUCUAGGCUCUUGUAAUAGCACAUCUUCUGAUCAAACCUUAUUGCAUCAAAUUGUGAGCCAGCAACAAGUUACCAUUGCCAUUUCUCAGGAGGCAUCGGCUGUGAGUGAACUGAAGAGCUCGUUACAAGACUACUCUCAACAGAUACAGACAGAACAAAAGCAGGUGACUGCUAGCCACUUGCCAUUGAUGGUCCAGCCCCCUGAAGCAUCUGCUCAGUUAACUCUUCAGCAAGACAUUGUUGACUUUGAUGGUGCUCAAGCCAGCAUAGACUAUUUCCCCUUUAAUGAUGAUGACAUGACGCAAGAUAGUAUAGUAGAAGAGUUGGUGCAGAUGGAGGAGCAAAUGAAGCUGAAUAGCAGUCUACAGCCUUACCUUAGUUCUCUUGAAAUACCUUUACAAAGCCAGUCAGCUCAAAGCACCAUCCUUUCCUCUCACCAGACUGGCACUCAGUUCUACCACUCUGCACAUAGUAGCACCACUCCAGUACACACCCCUACCCCCACACCAACUCCUACACCGACUCCAACUCCAACCCCUUCCUCUGAAAUAUUGCCAGGGGCCCACAGCCUGACCAGGGUAAGUCCGUGCUGUCGAGUAGCACCUAUUACCCCAGUUGAAGGGAUUUUAGUUGGUCGACAUACACCUAUUAGCACUCCUUUGUCUAACUGCAGCAGUAGUGUCCCACCAAGUCCUGUUGAAUGCCGUAAUCCCUUUGCAUUUACUCCCAUUAACUCCAACAUACCGGGUUAUCAUGAUGGCAAUGUGGUGUCCAGUAGCCCAGUCAAGCCCAUGCAGAGACCAAUGGCCACUCACCCAGACAAGGCCAAGCUGGAUUGGAUCAACAAUAGAUAUAACAGCACUUCUGGUUCCCCUUCAGUUUCUAACAGCAAUGCCAUUGGAAUUCUUCCAAGCUAUCAGGACCUGGUAGAGGACCACUUUCGUAAACCACAUGCAUUUGCUAAACCAGGGCAGUCUUUUCAGUCUCAAUCCAGACACCAGGAUGGGCAUUUAGGUCGAUUAACAGCUUUGUCACCUGUACAACAAGGACAACAGGCGGUGGAGAACAAGCAAGAAAGUUUUGCUGUGCCAGCACCACUAGACAGCAAGGUUACAGCUGGCAGCGGAGGUAUAACUUUUAGGUGUCGCAGUGUAAGUCCUGCUGUUCGUCAACGCAAUCUAAGUGGCACAUCAGUGCAAACCAAUCCUAACCCAAGGUCUGCUGUUUCACCAUUCAGUUCUCCCAUAACCUCAGAGGUUCUUAGCAUUCUUUCCAACAGUCACUCAGUGGUCACUGCCAACAGCAUGGCUCAAAGGAGCCAGUCAGUACCACUAAGCAUCAUGAUGCAGUCUGAGAUGUUGCCAAUCGGUCAACAGGGACAGCCGAGUAAUAGUGCCAAGAUCACUAGUGUACUCCUGAGCAAAAUGGAUGCAGAUGGGGAUGAUGCAAUGCGUGGGCUGGGUGUCAAUAAUAUGCCCUCUAAGUACACAGCUCGGAUGAACCUGACACAAAUCUUGGAGACCGCACAGGCCUUUCCUGAAGGCACAAGCCAUCACAGUCAACAGCUGUCUGUCUGUUCAAGCCCCUCACAGUUUGAUUUCCAGAAGCCUGGUUUCCUCAUGAACACUGGAGAAGAAUCGAUUACGUUUUCUAGUGAUAACCAAGCACAAUCAGGCUCUGUGUUACAACAAGAGCAGCAGCUUCAGCUACAAGAUCAACAGUUGGAUCUACAGGAUCAACAACUGUUGCAAGACCCACAGUUGCAACUUCAGGAACAACCAUUGCAACUUCAGGACCAACAAUUAGAAUUACAAGACCAACAUUUACAACUGCAACACGAACAACUGCAGCUACAUGAUCAACAGCAGCUACAACAUGAUCCAGACCUCAGCCAGCAGCAGUUGCUAUCUCAAACCUCGCAGCAAGAUGAGGAACAGCAGCAGCAGGAGCAACUGGACUUUAACAGCACUGUCAAGGAUCUCUUGGGAGAGGAUGGCCUCAACCCCAGCUCACAGUUGGUUGGGCAGGUGGCAUCAGAACUCAGUGCAGUAGCAUCUGACUUUUCUAGUGAAAUUCGUUUGACCUCUGACCUUUCUGGUAGCAUCAAUGACCUGAACACCUUGGAUCCCAACCUUUUGUUUGAUCCAAGUCAGCAACAGGACCAAUAUGAAGACGCCACACUGGAGGAGCUGAAGAACGACCCGUUGUUUCAGCAGAUAUGCAGUGACACUGUGAACUCUGCUGGAUUUGACUGGUUGGAGAACAAAGACCAACCAACAGUGGAAAUGUUGGGUUAGUAUUGUUUCCUUUUGUGUUUGUUGUGGUUGAUGCUGUUUGUCACUAUUUAUGGUUUGAUCUGUUUUGUUUUUGUGACUGUCAUUUGUGUUUUUUUGUUUCUUUUUUGUUUUUGAUUGUUUGUUGUGUUUUUUUUUUUAAAAAAAUUGUGAUUUAUCCACUGCAUCAACACGCUGGAUAUAUUAGUCAGUCCAGUGGAAAGUGCCAGUCUGACAUGAAGUGUUCAUUUAUAGGAUCGUGCUUUUUACCAGUUCAUUCCAGUCUUCUCCUCCUGACAUUUGUCCAUAGUUUACCAUUUGUUUCUCCCACUUUUUUUGGGUAUGUGUUAAUUUGCCCCCAGUGUACAUAUUUUUUAUUAUGGUAAUAACAUUUUUUAUUACCCAGUUAUCUACAUUUUUAUUAUUAUUAUUAUUAUUAUUAUAUAUUUUUUUACCUUAACAUUUGUUAGUACAUUGACAAUUUUAACAUUCCCAUGAAUCAUAAUUUGUGAAACUAAAUGCAAUAUUUUGCAUGAUAAAUCACUGAGUUUUUAAGUGUCUUGCAUAUGCACUGUUUGGCUUUGCAGGUAUGUUGGUAAGUAACAUUGCUAAGAGUUUACUUAAUUUACAUCAUCAUCAUGACAGAAAUUUGCCAUCACUCUUACAUAUCAGCUGUCAGUCAAGUUAAAAGAUUUAGGUGCUAACAGGUGCUCAAUAAAAGUAACUGGCAUCUGCCAUAUAAUUGUCAGUAAUUAUGUUCUAUUUAAAAAAUACAAAAUUAGAAAACUUAAUAAUAGGCCAUAUUAACUGUACUGUUAAAGAGAAGGGUGAUAAUGAAGAGGACACCUUUUUGCUGUAUCUACACUGUUAAAAAAAAAAAAAAGUGAAUAUUACAUGAGGGAGAUUAAUCUGCCUUAUUUCCAAAGUCCUAGGCCUUAGGUUUAGGCUUUAAGGUGCAGAAAGAUAUUUUAAAAGCCUUGCUGCAUUUCCAAAAAAUAAUAAGUAAAUAAAACUUGGCUUUUUGUCAUUGUGAGUUAUUGAUGUAGUUUUAAAUACAUCCCUAAAAGUUAGUAUAUUUUAACAUUCCAUGUAGUCUUUCUUUAUAUUUUAUUCCAGUUAUUGGCUAACAGAAUGAUGAUAGUAUUAUAUCGGAGGAAUAUGGUGAUGGCCAGAUGCUGUCUAAGGCUGUGCGUUUUGAUCACAUGUCCAACCUACUGGGUAAUCAUUGAAUUUCAAUCAAAAAUUCAUACCAAAGAACAGCUUUUGAAAAACUGUAAGCAUUUGAGCUUAGUUAUAAUCGUCUCCAAAUGAACAUCAUUUUUGAAGAAAACUGGUUGGACUUGUUGGUAAAUAAAACAGGGUUUUCUGGUACUUGAUUUUCGGACAGAUCAUAUUUGUGUAUAGUCUGUAUAUGGCAAAUGUAUCUGGUGUACAGGUAAUUAUGGAUGGUAAGCAUGUUGUCCAAAGUCAUUAAUGGAUUCAUGAAAGCUUAAUUUGGCUAUUUGUAGUCACUAUAUUAAUGCCCCAUGUGUAAAAAUGACAUUGUUUUAUUAAUACACUGUCUUAAAGUGAUGAUUUUUAGAUAGGUCUGAGUACCCUUAAGAAAACAAGAAAAGAAAUAUGUUGCUCAUAUUGAACGUAUAGCCAGCACGAUAUGCUGUGUGUUAUGUUUUUGGCUUUUUGUGUAGUGCAAGUAAUGCCGUCUGUUUGGUCUUUAGCUUGAUGUGCCAUUUUCCUUAGAGAGUCUAUUGGCCUCUGCUUUGCAGAUGUGACAUGUACAUUGAGAGAGGAAAGACGCAUGGGUUAUAUAUAUAAAAAAAGACAAAUAAUCAUAUAUUAAAUGUUCAUUUUAUUGUGACAGUCAAAUGUAUUGCGCAGAGAACCCUGGAGUGGCCGGCACUGGAAAAUCAAUGGUUUAUGAUUCAGCAAACUUUGGAAGUUCACUUUAUUGCACUAAAGAUUUUCCUUUUUUGUAACCAUGCCUUUGUGUGACAUUUAAAGGACAAAAUGGAACAAUUAAAGCUAGGCAAAAAGCCGUUUUUUUUUUUUUUUUUUUUUCUUUCAAAGGUAAAUUACAAAAGGGGAAUUACAUAUUACAUGAAAAAUUACAAUUAAUUAUUGCCUUGUGUAGCAAUGUGCACUAAUCUCAAUGAGAUACACAUUUUACUCAUUCUCAUCCAUGAGAAUAAGAAAGAUAAAAACAAACAAAAUUUAACCUUAUUAAAAAUGAAUAAAAGAGAACAUACUUCACUAUGUUUUUCAAUGAUUGUAUGUGCGCAUGUAUGUUGAACUAUCUAUCGUAGUACAUGUUGUGACCACUCCCUCUACAAAAAAGGGACUGGUAAAUGUUGACCGUGGGGGGGGGAGGGUUAUGUGUUUGCUAAGUUAAUAUUGUUCUAUACUGUAUGUCUUAGUUCACAGAUGUUGUUUUUUUUUUCAUACAUUUCUAUUUUUUUUCUUUUUUCUUUUUUACAAAAAAUGCCUUUGUGAAGAAAACUGUAAAUAUUUUUUCUAUGUUCCGACAUUUAUCAAGGCACUGAUUAUUUACUUUUUUUAUUUCACGAAGGAAAAAACUAAAUCUUACUUUUUUGAUACACAGAAGUUUCAUCAAACAUCAAGUCUAAUGCUGUAUUUCUGACUGGUCUGUUAGGGGGGGAAAAGUGUUUUCUUUCGGUCUAUAUGAAACAGUAGAACCUUUCUCUGUGCUGUUGUCUGGUGUACUGCUCAAUGUACAGUAGCUUGUUAAUAUUGCCGAAGCAUUUUAGCAAUGUUUCUCUUUUUUUCAAUGGAAAGUACUCACAGGUGAGAUUUUCUAAGUGGUUUUAAAAGCCAAUAAAGAUUUUUAAGUAA